UUUUUUUUUCAUUUAAACUCUCCGAAAAAAAUUAUUUCAUCAUCAAAAUGUUUUUAUUUUUAGUAUUUGUCUUCAACUGAAGAAGGACAUGUUUUUUUGUGGAACCAUGAGCUGUUGUCUACUGAUGAUGCUAUUGAGAUUCGGAAAUUAGAUUCUUCUCCUCUGCAUGAUGGAUCUGUCAAUUAUAUAAUUAUCCAUGAGAAUUUUAUGAUUACUUUUGGUUCUGAUGGUCAAUUUAAGUUUUGGGAAUAUAUGAAUGUGUUACAGCAACUGUAUUCUGAAUAUUCUUCAGAGUCAGAAGAAGAAUUAGAGAAUAGUAAUUUAUCAUUGGAAAAAGGAGAGGAUGAGAAGGGGCUCAGACUAAACAAGAAGCUGGAUUUUCUGUCUCUUGAGACAAUACAUGAAUUUACUGUGUCUAAGGAUUCAGAUCUUAUAUUUGCUGUAUUACACAGUUUUAAAAAUGAUCAAAUUAUGUUUUUUAUGCAAGAUCGUCAAGGCUUUCUGUGGCAAGUGCAAGUUACUUCUGGCUUUACAAAAGUAGUAUGCACUCAGUUGCUUUCAGGAUUAGGCUGCAGCUUAACAGAUUUAACAAUGUGCCCUCUUUAUCCUCUGAUAGCUGCUACUUCUAAUGCAG